UUCUUCUAUUUUAUCAUUCUUUUCUUUUUUUCUCAUUUUUCCAGACACACACAAAAUCAAAUCGAAUUGAAAUCGAGAGGUGCAACAUUUUUCAAUUUGACUGUGGCUCUGCCAGUAUCGAGAAAAAAAAUAAAUAAAUUUUCACAAAUUUUCCUUCACUCAAAAACCACAACAGAAAAAAAGUGCAAAAAUACAUUUUUCAAUUAAAACAAUAUGAAAUUUAUUGUUAAAAAUAAUAAUUCAAAUGUUAAAAUGUAUUUUCGUUAUACAGAAUAAAUAAAGAUAAAAAACAUAGUGAAAAACGCAAAGGAAUCGUUUUUUCCCAAAGAAGAAAAAUAAAAAAUUGUUCCUUCUUCUAAAUUGUCUGGGUUGAAUCAAAUAGUAACCAAAUAACUGAAGACCUAAAAAGACUUGCAACAAUUAAACAAAGCAAGCCAACAAAAAAAAAACUUUUCAAACCAUUCGCUUUGCACUACAUGUUCAUAUUAAAAAAUAUUUGUGUAUUAUCUGCAUUGAAAGUUGCGUCCAGCUACGCAGAGAGACUCCAAAGAUUUCUAAGAGAAAGUAUGAACUUGUGUUCAUCGAUUGGAACAAACACAAACAGCGGCGGUGGUGGUGGAGCAGCUGGCGUCUUGGGUAUUUGUAGUGCCGGUGGUCAAGGCAGUACCAACAAUUGUAACGAAAUGCCACCAGAAAAUCGCCCCAAAGUAGUCACAGUCAAGCAUCCCGAAUCGAAUAAACCAAAACCAACAACAAAAAAAGGCAAACCAAUACCAGCCGAUCAGGAUGUUAUCAAAGCCUUACAGCGUUGCCGUGAUGAAGGCAUUAAACGUUUGGACUUGAGCAAGUCAUCAAUUGCAGUCAUCCCAUCAACCAUUAAGGAAUGUACUCAUUUGACUGAACUCUAUUUGUACAGUAACCGAAUAAUAGCUCUUCCAGCUGAAAUUGGUGCUUUGGUUAAUUUAAAGACACUUGCUUUAAAUGAGAAUUCCUUAACCACUCUACCACAUUCACUAAGAAAUCUCACUCAAUUGCGAGUGUUGGAUUUAAGACAUAACAAAUUGGCCGAAGUUCCUGAAGUUCUAUAUCAGUUGAGAUCUCUAACAACGUUAUAUUUACGAUUCAAUCGUAUUCCAUGCGUUGGCAAUGGUGUCAAGAAUCUGACAAACCUCACCAUGUUGAGUCUGAGGGAGAAUAAAAUUCGUGAACUGAGUUCAUCGAUUGGUUAUUUGGUGAAUUUGACAACACUUGAUGUUUCACAUAAUCAUUUGGAGCAUUUACCCGAUGAAAUUGGUAAUUGUGUUAAUCUGAAUGCUUUGGAUUUGCAACACAAUGAGCUGUUAGAUGUUCCUGAGAGUAUUGGAAAUUUGAAGAACUUGGUUCGUUUAGGUUUGAGGUACAACCGAUUAUCAGCUGUUCCAGCAUCUCUCAGAAACUGCAAAUUCAUGGACGAAUUCAAUGUCGAAGGCAACAGUAUUGCCAAUCUGCCUGAUGGACUCUUAGCCAGUCUUAACGCUCUUACAACAAUAACAUUAUCACGUAAUUCAUUCCAUAGCUAUCCAUCAGGUGGCCCAGCACAAUUCACAAAUGUCACAUGCAUCAAUUUGGAACACAAUCAAAUUGAUAAAAUACCCUACGGUCUAUUUUCCCGAGCCAAAGGUCUCACCAAACUCAAUAUGAAAGAAAACGUUCUCACCUCAUUACCACUUGAUGUUGGUACCUGGGUCAAUAUGGUCGAAUUGAAUUUGGCCACAAAUUCCCUGUCAAAGUUGCCGGACGACAUAAUGAAUUUACAAAAUUUGGAAAUCUUAAUUCUAUCAAAUAAUAUGCUCAAAAAGAUACCCAAUACAAUUGGUAAUUUGCGCAAACUGAGGAUUCUUGAUUUGGAAGAAAAUCGCAUCGAAGUGAUUCCAAAUGAAAUUGGUUUGCUGCAUGAAUUGCAGAGACUUGUAUUGCAAACAAAUCAAAUUCAAGUUGUACCAAGAACAAUUGGCCAUCUAACUAAACUCACUCACUUUUCAAUAAGUGAAAACAACCUGCAAUUUGUACCUGAGGAGAUUGGAUCACUUGAGCAUUUGGAGAAUCUGUAUUUAAAUCAGAAUCCAUGCUUAGAUAAGUUACCCUAUGAGUUGGCUCUGUGCCAAAAUCUCAAGUAUUUAAACAUCGAUAAGUGUCCAUUGAAUACAAUACCACAAGAGAUACAAGCCGGAGGGCCGUCUUUGGUGUUGCAAUGGUUGAAAAUGCACUCGCCAUAUAGGUCAAUGUAAGGUUAUCAAAAAAGAUGGAAUCAUUGACG